GCCGGGGCGGCGCCAUUAGGGGGCGGUGGGCCGGAAGUGCGCAGCGCCGGGGGGGCCGCCAUUACGGGGAGCCGAGCAGGCCGCGGCCCCGGCCCCCGGCGGGCAGCGCCGCCGCCAUGGAGGAGAAGGGCUUCACCAAGGAGCUGGACCAGUGGAUCGAGCAGCUCAACGAGUGCCGGCAGCUGAGCGAGAGCCAGGUCCGCAGCCUCUGCGAGGAGGCUAAAGAAAUUCUUACAAAAGAAUCAAAUGUGCAAGAGGUACGUUGCCCGGUCACCGUCUGCGGGGAUGUCCACGGCCAAUUCCACGACCUUAUGGAACUCUUUCGAAUCGGUGGGAAGUCGCCAGACACAAAUUACCUGUUCAUGGGAGACUACGUGGACAGAGGCUAUUACUCGGUGGAAACAGUGACUCUACUAGUAGCAUUAAAGGUGCGUUACCCAAAACGCAUUACAAUACUGAGGGGAAACCACGAAAGCAGACAAAUUACACAGGUGUAUGGCUUUUACGAUGAAUGUCUGCGAAAGUAUGGCAAUGCCAAUGUCUGGAAGUAUUUCACAGAUCUGUUUGAUUAUCUCCCGCUUACAGCUCUAGUAGAUGGCCAGAUAUUCUGUCUCCACGGUGGCCUCUCUCCAUCCAUAGAUACACUGGAUCAUAUCAGGGCUCUGGACCGCCUGCAGGAAGUUCCACAUGAGGGUCCAAUGUGUGAUCUGUUAUGGUCGGAUCCAGAUGAUCGUGGUGGCUGGGGUAUAUCUCCACGUGGUGCUGGCUACACAUUUGGGCAAGACAUUUCCGAAACAUUUAACCAUGCCAAUGGUCUUACACUGGUUUCCCGUGCUCAUCAACUCGUCAUGGAGGGUUAUAACUGGUGCCACGACCGAAACGUGGUUACCAUUUUCAGUGCGCCCAAUUACUGUUACCGUUGUGGGAACCAGGCUGCUAUCAUGGAACUAGAUGACACUUUAAAAUAUUCCUUCCUUCAGUUUGACCCAGCACCUCGUCGUGGAGAGCCUCAUGUUACCCGUCGUACCCCAGACUACUUCCUGUAAACCUCUCCUAACCUUUGUAGAAGGAAAUACACCCGGCAUUUUAAAAAGCAACAAUAUUUACGUGUUUCUGUACGAAAUCAGGGUUCGUCUCAAUUACAAUCCCUAUCAUGGACCAAAAUGUGCCAUACUGAGGAUGAAGAGCAUUUAGCACAACUUGAGACUGAAUUCCUUACAACACUAUAUAUCCUGUACCAAUCAGUCCAACAGUCAGUUUGCCUGCUGUAUUUGUAGUCUUUUUUUUUUUUUCUGGACUGUUCAGAGAAUGAAAGGUAACUCUAACACUUCCAUCUCCUUUUAUGCUUAUUUGUAAAUUUUUAGUUCUAGUGUUUAACUGGCAUGAAUUAGCGUUUUGGAGUUUAUUUUUAAGGGAAAUGCACACUAACUUCUUACCCCCUCCCCCCCCACACUGUUUAUUUUAUUGAAAGACGAUGGGCCGAACUGGAGAAAGGAAGCAAUUCCUGCUUUUGGGAGUACGUUGUCAUAACCCGGAAUAAAGCGUUCCCUUUUUAGCUCGA